AUGGUAGACAAAAGUUCUAAAUCCAGUUUUAAUUCCAAGAAAGUUGAAGAUCCAGAAAUUGAUGAACGCAAUCAGACAGUCGGUGAAUGUCCUAAAAAAACCGACGAAUCUAAACAAUUGCCGGAUGGAAGAAUAUUUUUGCCAUAUGGCGUCGGACCCAUUAUUGAUUGUGAAAUCGAUGAUGAGGGCGAUGAGCCAGAUUACUUAAGUUAUUCUAAAAUGCCAGAAGAAGAAGAUGAUGUUGAAGAUAUUUCCUUACCAGAAUAUGGAAAGCCAUAA